AUGAAUGACUCCGUCGUGCCAAAAUUGUCCUGGGAAGAUGAAGAUCUCCCAGGAGCCAUUCAAAUAUUCAAACAGCAGUGUGAAUUGUACUUCUCCGUGAAAAAUGUCAGAGAGGAGAAACAGGUGGAUCACAUUCUGCUUUUCAUGGGCACCCCUGGCCUCCGCAUGUAUAAUUCAUGGGACUUAGCAGAAAGAGACAGGAAGAACAUCGCAGUUGUGUGGAAUCGGUUUGAAAAGCAGCUUAAACCAAAGUCCAAUUUCAGAGUCGCCCGCCUAUACUUACAGAGAUUUCGCCAGCAAGAGAGUGAAACUGCUGAUAGUUUUGUGUCCAGACUGAAACUACAUGCACAGACUUGCCAAUUUCGCGAUGACAGAGAGUUCGCUGACAGAGUCGUUGAACAAUUCAUUGCUGGCACGCGCCACACAGAGCUCCAAAAGCAGUUACUGGGGCAAGAUGAACUGAAUAUUCAGCAGUGCUUGGACUACGCAAGAACUCAUGAAGCUUCUAUCUCGCACAUGCAACAACUCGCAGGUGUGCGUUCGCAGUUGUCCCCAGCAGUCCACGUAAUCCAACACAAACGAGAUUGCAGGAACUGUGGGAGGAGCCAUUCUUUCUCGUCACGUGAAUCUUGUCCAGCGUAUAAUACGACAUGCAACAGCUGUGGUAAGAAGAACCACUGGUCAAAGAUGUGCCGAUCAAAGCAAGGUGUGCAAGCAUCUCGUGGUCGACAACAGCGUGAUUCAAGCGGUCGCGAUCGCGAACGUCGACAACAGACACGGUCCAUCUCGCAUAAGCGUGGGAAGCAGAGGAGUUCUUCUCGCAAUACACGGACAGCUACUCGUGAUGUGCACUACACUGAUGCGCACACACCGCCUGCCAAGGAUGACACAGGUAGUGAGAGUUUUGACCAGCUGUCAUUAAAUGCUAUCUUCACUUCGCUUGAUGCGAUUUCUGACCAAAGUGAUGACGAAGCAUUUACACGCAUACAGAUCCGUCAAGAUGAACAAGAACGUAUUAUAAACCUCCUUGUUAAGGUUGACACCGGCUCGCAGGUGAACACGAUACCUCUACGCGUAUACCGCCGCAUGUUUCCCUCAAAUCUUGAUGCCGAUGGUUUUCCCCGAAAAGGCCAUCUAAAGGAUACCAGCUGUGUCCUGACAGUAUACAAUGAAACGGCGAUUAAACAUUAUGGAACAGUCACAUUACCCUGUCGUCAUGGUAACACUGGGUGGAUUAAUGCUGACUUCCACGUUUGUGACACCAGCAGACCAGCAAUUCUCGGUUUACGCACAUCAAAAGCGCUUCAACUGGUGGCCCUCACUUUCUCCAUAGAUUCGCGAAGUGUACAAGACAACACACAGCGUGACCCCAUCCGCUCGGUAGCUGACCUGAAGUCGCAAUACCCGCAACAGUUUGACGCGAUCGGUGAUUUCGCUGGAGAGUACCACAUUGUACUAAAUGAUGGCGCCCAUCCUGUGGUGCAUGCUCCCCGUAAGUGCUCAAUCCAUAUCCGCGACGAGCUGAAAGCUGCACUCGAUGACAUGGAAAAACAAGGUGUCAUUCGCCGAGUCACUGAGCCCACCGACUGGGUCAGCAGUCUAGCCAUCUCGCGCAAGGCAAACGGUCAGCUACGCAUAUGCUUAGACCCAAAGGACUUGAACAGUGCAAUCAAACGGUGUCACCACACUACACCUACCGUCCAGGAAAUUACGCACAAGCUCACAGGAGCCACGGUGUUCAGCAAACUGGACGCAAAACAUGGGUAUUGGUCAGUGCAUUUGGAUGCAGAAAGCCAACUGCUGACCACGUUCAACAGCCCGUUUGGAAGGUAUAGCUACAAGCGUAUGCCAUUUGGCCUAGUGAUGAGCCAAGAUGUGUUCCAGCACCGAAUGGACCAGAUCCUAGAGCAGUGCACUGGCGUCAUCGGGAUCGCAGAUGACAUUGUCGUGUUCGGGGACUCACAGCAGUCACAUGAUAGAAAUCUGCACGCCUUGAUGGAGGUUGCAGCUAAGUCAGGUCUGAAAUUCAACAGCAAUAAGUGCUCCAUCAAUCAGGAACGAGUCGUUUUCUUUGGCAUGGUCUAUGACAAACAUGGUGUCCAUCCGGAUCCAGCAAAGGUCCAGGCAGUGAGAUCUAUGCCAACUCCACGCGACAAGACUCAACUCCAGGAAUUUUUGGGGAUGGCUACCUACCUGAGCCCGUUCAUCCCCAAUCUCUCUAGCCGUACAGCAGAUCUUCGUGAGCUUCUUCGGCAAGACAAUGAGUUCGUUUGGUCUGAGAAUCAUCAGCGAGCUAUGGAUGACAUACGCGAUCAGAUCUGUGAGAGUGCUACCCUACGUUACUUUGACCCCAACAAGGAGAGCAUUGUACAGGUAGACGCAUCAUCUCGCGGAUUAGGAGCUACACUUCUCCAAGAUGGAGAACCCAUCGCGUUUGCAUCAAAAGCGCUGAGUGAUGCUGAGACCCGAUAUGCCAACAUUGAACGUGAAAUGCUCGCGGUCGUCUUCGGAUGUGAGCGGUUUCAUAUGUAUGUCUUUGGUAAGCAUUUCACAGUCGAAUCCGAUCAUAAACCGUUGCAAAUGAUCCACCAGAAGCCGCUUACCUCAGCGCCACCGCGUUUACAGCGUAUGUUACUACGCCUCCAGCAGUACGAUUUUAACUUAAUCUACCGCCCAGGGAAGGAAGUCCCAAUUGCUGAUAGUCUGUCGCGGUCUCCAGGAAAUGACAACACGCAUAUCGCACUCGACAUGCAAAUCAACCACAUCCAGUUCACAGAGCAACGAAUUGCAGAUGUUAAGCGAGAAACCGACACGGAUUCAACACUAUCGCAGUUGAAAUGUAUCAUAGGCCAAGGAUGGCCAGAGCGUAUGAAGGACCUUCCAUCUCAGCUCAGACCGUAUUGGUCAUUCCGUGAUGAGCUGUCAGUUGAAGAUGGAAUCAUCAUGAAAGGUCCCCGUGUUGUAGUGCCAAAGUCAAUGCAUGAGUAUGUGUUAGGAAAGUUGCAUGAAGGCCAUCAGGGUUCUACGAAAACGAAGCUACGUGCACGCGAUUGUGUAUAUUGGUUGAAUAUCAAUAGCAAUAUCGAGAGUGUCGUAAACCAGUGCGCGACAUGCCAAAAGCACCAGAGAUCACAGCCUAAGGAGGAGCUACUCCCUCACGAGCUUCCAACACGACCUUGGCAGAUUUUAGGCACAGAUCUGUUCCAUUUCGAAGGUCGCGAGUACCUGAUCAUAGCAGAUUAUUACUCAAAGUUCCCAUUAGUUCGCAGAAUGCCCGUCGAGUGUACAAGCAAAGCUGUCAUUGAAGCUACGCAACAAAUCUUCUCUGAGCAUGGCAUACCCGAGAAGGUUGUAAGUGACAAUGGUCCGCAUUUCGCCUCCUCAGCAUACAAGGAAUUCGCUAGCAAUUGGAAUUUCGCGCACGUCACAUCGUCGCCACAUUUUCCUCAGUCGAAUGGAUUCGUUGAGCGAGCAAUACAGACCAUCAAGCGUACAUUAGCGAAAGCGACAUCGUGCAAGCAGAAUAUCAACAUGGCCCUUCUCUGUUUACGCACAACCCCAAUCGACAGCGAAUUGCCUAGUCCAGCAGAGCUUCUUUGUGGUAGGAAGUUCAAAAGCAACCUGCCCCUAGUGAUACACAACACAUCAUCGCGCAAGGAGCAACAUUACCAGCGUCUACAACAGCGACAAGAUCAACAGAAAGCGUAUCAUGAUCGAUCUGCACACAAUCUGCAGCCGUUGAGACCCUCACAACGCAUUAUGGUCCAAGAUGCACGCACGCAUUUGUGGAUUCCGGGACAAGUUGAAGAAUGUUGUGAUGAGCCUCGUUCGUAUACAGUCGUUACCUCCAAUGGUCGUGAGCUACGUCGCAAUCGACAACAAAUUCGCGAUCUUGAGCCAGCUAAGAAACGCGUAACUUUUGAUGAAACCCCCCACUACGCUAGCACUCCUGAAACGCGGCAACGCGAACAGACACAUGAACAGCAGUCACGUGAUACUAGACCACGUGAUCCCAAAGUUGUAGAGAACAAACACCAGCAAAUGACCAGGUCUGGAAGACUAAUCAGACCCCCAGACAGGUUUACCAUGUAA